UGUGUGUGUGUGUGUGUGUUGACAGUGUUCAGACUGUGGACUCUCAGUAAACACAGCAGUUAGUCAUUAACACACCAGAAUUAGAGCGAACCAUCGUCUCUGUCAGCUGCUUCCAUUCUUCACUUGAUCCUCUGACCCUGAUUCAAUUCGGUGUGACUGAGAUCAUGUCCCGCCUCGUCGUCUGCGCGUUCGUCCUCGUCGCUCUGUGGUCAGCCUCCGUGCUCAGCAUGUCAGUGUUCUCGGACGCCCCGGAAGCUCACAUGCUGCUCCGCUCCCGCCGAGCCAACUCCUUCCUGGAGGAGCUGAAGCCGGCUUCGAUGGAGCGUGAGUGUGUGGAGGAGAAAUGUGACUUUGAAGAGGCUCGGGAAAUUUUCCAAUCCAGGGAGGCUACACUGGAGUUCUGGACGGUGUACACAGAUGGGAACCAGUGUCAGUCCAACAUGUGUGUCCACGGAGCCUGCGUGGAUCUGUACCAGGACUACAGCUGCCGCUGCCACGCUGGCUACGAGGGCAAAUACUGCAACCUGCCUCAGACCGCCACUAACUGCUCGCUGGAUAACGGCGGCUGUGACCAUGACUGUUCGGACGGCGAGGACGGCCUGACGAGGAGCUGUAGCUGCGUUAGCGGCUACAAACUCAACGACGACUCCAAGAAAUGUGACCCCAAAGGUUUCUCGUCUUGUGGUCGGCUGCGGAUCUUCAGGUCGUCGUACACCAAGCCGAUGGACGGGCUGCUGCCCUGGAUGGUGGGAGGGGAGGUGGGGAAGAAGGGGGAGAGUCCCUGGCAGGUGCUGGUGCUGAACGCCAGAGGGCAAUUUCACUGCGGAGGCGUCCUCAUCGAUGCGAACUGGGUCCUGACUGCCGCUCACUGCCUCGAGAACAACCACAUAUUCCGUGUGCGACUGGGUGACUACGAGCGUCACAGGAAGGAAGGCACCGAGGUGACCCUGAAGGUGGUCCGGGCCAUCAGACACCCCAACUACGAAAGCAGGACAGUGGACAACGACAUCGCCCUGAUGCGCCUGGAGACCCCCGCCCCCUUCUCCGAAUACAUCGUCCCCAUCUGUCUGCCGGGGCGCCAGCUGGCUGAGCAGGUCCUCCACCUGAAUGGCACCCUCACCGUGGUGUCGGGCUGGGGCAGGGACGACAGCGAUGCAUACAGCUCGGCACUCAACAUCAUCUCCAUCCCCGUGGUGGAGCACAGCAUCUGCUCCCGCCAGAUGUCCCACAACAUCUCGGACAACGUCCUCUGCGCCGGGGUGCUCGGGCAGAGCAAGGACGCCUGCGAGGGGGACAGCGGUGGGCCGAUGGUCACCCUGUACCGGGACACGUGGUUCCUAAUUGGCCUGGUGUCCUGGGGCGAGGGCUGCGGCAAGGAGGACAAGCUGGGCAUCUACACCAAGGUUUCCAACUACAACGAGUGGAUCGACAGAGUGAGAAAGGACUGGGACGAAGGUCACCACCAGCCAGGAGCCCCGAGUCCCUGAACCACGAGUCCCUGAACCCCAGAGUCCCUGAACCACGAGUCCCUGAACCCCAGAGUCCCUGAACCACGAGUCCCUGAACCCCAGAGUCCCUGAACCAUCGGUCUGGUCUGUUAAAC